ACAGGCGCACAUCGUUCCAAACAUACGCUGGCGGGUCUAGCACAGAGGACUUCAAUUUAGUUACAUAUUCUAUUUUUUAAGGACAUUGGAGCCUCUAAUAAUUCAGUGUGCGCAGCAUUCAUGAAAUAGCUUGGAAUUCAUAGCAGGAUAAACAAUGAUUUCGCCGUGGGACCGGUGGUACUCGACGAGCUGCUGCCUUUGCUGCCAUGUACGGACUGGCACCAUUAUUCUGGGAGUAUGGUAUAUGCUGAUCAAUGCAGUGGUCCUACUCAUCUUGUUGUCGGCUCUCAAUGACCCAGUUCAAUACCGAUACCACCUUACCAGCACUGAGCUGGGAACUGACAUUGAUGUCAUGGACGAUGCAAAUAUCUGCAUAGCCACUGCAAUAUCCCUACUCAUGAUUCUAAUAUGUGGCAUGGCAACAUAUGGUGCUUACAAGCAACAUGCCGCUUGGAUCAUUCCAUUUUUCUGCUACCAAAUCUUUGACUUUGCCCUUAACACACUGGUAGCCAUUAGUGUGGUGGUCUAUCCCAACACGGUGCAGGACUACCUUCAGCAGCUGCCGGGGACAUUCCCUUACAAAGAGGACAUCAUGUCCACCAACAACAUGUGCCUAGUAUUUGCAGUCCUCAUCUUCAUUGGCUGCAUCCUCUCCUUCAAGGCCUACCUGAUUGGCUGUGUGUGGAACUGCUACAGAUAUGUGAGCGGCAGGGGCACCACGGAGGUCCUGGUUUAUGUCACCACCAAUGACACCACGGUGCUGCUGCCACCGUACGAGGAGGCCAUUUCCAUACCACCGAAGGAGCCCCCUCCCCAGUAUAUGGAGGCAUGAGAGACGUCCUUGCUGCUGGAUCCUAUACCCCAAGCAUCCCCCAACACUAACUGGAACAUGUUGAAAAACAAGAAAAAACAAAGGCUGGUCUCAGUUUGGAUUCCUGCCAACCCUAGAUUACAUUACCCCCCCUUCCCUGUGACGUAUUUUCGUCCCCUCUCUCGUCUCCUCUGUCCUCCCCCAAGGACAGUAUCGAAGCAACUUCAUCCACUCCCAGCCGCCGCCACCACCAACCCUCCCCCUUGGCAAGCUGCGGUCCCCUGGCAGCGUCUAAACUCUUGCACACCCUGAACACUCUGUCCCAACAUAAUUUGCACUUUUCUUUGAGUGAAACGUGCAUCGGUCUGGCCACCAACUGUUAACCCCCAAUACUGUGAAUCUCCCUCGUGGUCUUUGUCUAGAAACAAACUACCUGAAGAGAGAGCGGGACAGAGAGUGAGAAGGAGAACGACAUGCACGAUCAGUUAUGCAAGAGCACUUUUUUUCAGAAAUUGACGAAGUCCUUCAUUGAAUGUAAAGUUGAGGUAUUUUUGUAUGACUUUUUGUAUAACAGUUGAAAACUGAGAGAAAAUGAAGUGAAUAUUGAAAGGCUGUCGUGUUGUGAUAAAAUAUAAUCUGUGUGCUGACAUAGCUUGUCUUGCAGGAAAUCGUAUUGGAAAAAGGUUCCUUGACCAAUAACAACUACAUCCUCCUUUUGUAUCCAAGUAACACACUGUCUGUAAACCUGUAAUCCAUUGACUGCCAGUGAAAACCUUCACCCAUUGAUUUUAAUCACAGUAUUCCAGUUUGCCCUCCUUUCCCUUUUCUGUCUAUUCCGCAAAAGAUCGCAAAAGUUAAGGAAGGCUGGCAUUAAUGUAAUUAUCCAGUGAAGCCCUUAUCACAAACAAAAAUGUUUUACACAUUCUCACACUACUGAUUCACCAAAAAGGCAAAACACAUGCUGUAAAAUCUAAAAUGGGUGAGCAUUAGUGUGUUUAUUUCCAUCGUGUGUCAGCUGCAACAGCAUCGUCUAUGUCUUAUAUUGUCUAGUUGUUUUUUUACAUGGAUCAUGGUGUAUAAUCUGAUCUUUUAAUUAAGUUGAGCUAACUUAGCUGGACUGAGGGCAUUUUCCUGUAAAGACGGCAUGACAUGCUGUACGUGCAGAGACUGUGUGUGUGUGUGUGUGUGUGUGUGUGUGUGCGUGGGUUUGCCUGGACGUUAUGAUGUAACUCCUCGGUCCUUUCUAUGUUGUGAUAUUUCAUUUGCACAUGCACUGAUAUCGUGUUGAGAUAUGUACUGUGCUGGUGACCUUUUUUUUUUUUUUUUAUGAACAAUGGAUGGGAAUCUAAAGCACUGAUUUUGCUUAGCAUAGUAGCACAAAAUCAAGACACAGCAUAUAAAGCUAGUCUUUUGCCUGGAAGUAUUUAGGCAAAAUUUUGAGACAUAAUAAUGAAACAAAUAAUAUUAGAUAUACCUAAUCCCAUUUUUUUCCCAAUAAUUCUUAAGUAGUAUUUGCUUUCAGAAGAAAUCAUUAAAUCAGAGUUAUCAUUCAGACUAUGCAAUAGUGCAUUCUACAACUUGUUAGAUGUAGAAAUACAUGUACCAUGAAGUAGUUUUCCAUUUGAUACUAAUACUGUAGUCGAUAAUGUAGUUAUUUGUUGGCCCCUUCAUCAUUGUCCCUGUGUGAAUUAUACCCACUGCUUUUGCAAAUCCAACAAAGCUAAAAAUGAAAUUGCACUUUAAAGUCAGCGUGAGCUCACUGAUGUGUUUGUGUUUUAUUCAUCUUUACCACGGUAUGCCGUAGCUAAGUGGUUCUAAUAAGAGCAGCCACCUCUGGACGAUACAGGCUUCUAAAGCAUGACACAAACAAAUCCAUAUUUGAGAUGUGUGAUGUGACUGAAAAGCUGUAAGAUUCUUAUGUGAUUGAAGGAGAAUAUCAGCUGAGGACCAGACCAUGGCUGACGUCUCAUUUUAUUAGAAUCACUUCAAGACUGUUCUCCAUGGCUUCCCAUUCAGACACGUCCUCUUGUUGGAUCUGCAUGGGCUCAUGUCUUCAAUUCUGAAUAAUAAAAAGCAAAAAUGAG